AGGACCAAGGAAAGUGAAACAGCAAGACAAUUCGAUGAAGCGGUUAUUAUUGAGUUUGUUCUAUAUUUUGUUUAUAUUUCCACACACUAUAUAAGAGAGAAUACAUUAUUAAUUCGUCAUGUCAGGAUAAACGCGUCUCAGUGAAUUGUGAAGCUUCUCCGGCUAGCUUAGAUCGCUAUCCGCAAACAAAGAGACGCGGAAGUGAUGAACACAUCGCGAUGCAGAGCUCAAGUGUGCGUGUGUUGUCAGCUUGAUAAUGUGAAAAGUGUGUGUAAAGUACGCGGGUAACUGCGGCUGCCGAAGAAAUAUUUGUUCGAAAGAACGGUAGCAGAGUGCGAGGAGGAACUUUCUCGGACAAAACAGGAGAACGAACGGCGACUGGACGCUGUUUCCAAGAAGCAUCAAGUGGUGUUCCACACAGCAGAACACUACCUCUUUUAGAAGAGUCUAACCACGACGACCAUUUGUCCUUUUUUUCAAUAACUCCUCCUCCUCCACCACAACGACGUAUGCUCGACCACUCCUCUUCAAAGACGUCCCCCAUAGCAACAGGAGUGGAGCACCAGGAUGAAGCAGGAGGAGCCACAGACCCACCACAUUAAAGAAGAAGAGGAGGAGCUACAGCCCCCCCACAUUAAACAGGAAGAGGAGGAACACAGCAUCAGUCAGGAGGCAGAACAUCUUGAAAGACUGGAGGCGUUCCCAGUGAUCGGCGUCCCUGUGAAAAGUGAAGACGAUGAAGACAAAGGUCAAAGUGAGGGGGAGAGAAAGGCGGCGGCUCCAAGCGGCAGCGUGACAACAGAGGCUGAUGAAGACUGCUGUAGAGGAUCACAACCAGACAACCUCUUAGCUCCGCUGUCAGAUAGUGAAGACACAACGUCGCACCCUCCAGACACAGACGAUGAAGACUUGAGAGCCGAUAUGACGUGUCACACCGACAACACACACUGGAAAUGCUCUCAAUGUGGGAAAACCCUUGUCAACAAGUCCACCUUGGAAAGACACAUGAGAACCCACACAGGAGAGAAACCGUUCGUGUGCUCAGUGUGUGGCAAAGGUUUCUCUCAGAAAGGAAGCUUGACGGUUCACACAAGAAUACACACCGGAGAGAAGCCAUUUUCCUGUUCAGUGUGCGGUACAGAUUUUGUACAAAGUCAGUAUUUGAAAAUACACAUGAGAAUACACACUGGGGAGAAACCCUUUACCUGUCCAGUCUGUGGGGCAGGUUUUAGACGAAAUCAAGAUUUGAAAAAUCACAUGAGAAGACACACUGGGGAAAAACCAUAUACGUGUUCAAUCUGCAGCAAAAGCUUUUGUAAACAGAAAACACUUGUAAUACACACGAGAACGCACACCGGAGAGAAACCUUUCACCUGUUCCACCUGCGGUGUAGGGUUUGUACGAAAUCAGUAUUUGAAAAAACACAUGAGAACGCACACUGGGGAAAAACCGUUCAUCUGCUCAGUGUGUGGUACAGGUUUCACACAAAAUCAUUGUUUGAAAAUACACAUGAGAAGACACACGGGAGAGAAACCGUUCCUGUGCUCUGUUUGUGGUAAAACAUUCUCUCUGAAGUCAAAUUUGAGCACACACACAAGACUACACACCGGAGAGAAACCCUUUUCCUGUUCAGUCUGUGGUGCGGGAUUUGUACGGAAGCAGUGUUUGAAAGCACACAUGAGAACACACACUGAUGAGAAAGUGUUUAGUUGCGGUGUUUGCGAUGAAAGAUUUUCUUCUAAGUACCAGCGGACCAGUCACAAGUGUGCUUGUGAGAACAGCAGCAGUAAAUGAAGCUGCAGAACUUUGACAACAUCAUAAGCAUAUAUAACGUGUGACAUCAUCGUUGUGGAUGUAACACAAUCUUCUUAACAUGCUUCUAUCAUUUACAUGUAAUAAAUAAUGGGGGACAAAGCACCGUUUUAUUUCAUUAAAUUGCAAAAAAGCCUGGUUGGCAAGCCUGGUUUUCCCGCUCUCCUCCAUGGGAAUGGAAAAGAACAAUGGUGGACGCAAGAUUGUACGUACAGUAGGCCUACACAAGCAAUUUUAAGUCAAAAAUGAAACAAGG